UACUAUGGUUGAAUACGACCAACAUGUAACUACCAAGGGUGAAUAUGACAAACAUGUAACUACCAAGGGUGAAUACGACAAACAUGUAACUACCAAGGAUGAAUAUGACCAACAUGUAACUACCAAGGGUGAAUAUGACCAACAUGUAACUACCCAGGGUGAAUACAACUCACAUGUAACUACCAAGGGUGAAUACGACCUUCAUGUAAUUACCAAGUGUGAAUAUGACAAACAUGUAACUAUCAAGGGUGAAUACGGACCUUCAUGUAACUACCAAGGGUGAAUACGACCUUCAUGUAACUACCAAGUGUGAAUACAACAAACAUGUAACUACCCAGGGUGAAUACGACCAGCAAGUUACUACCAAGGAUGAAUACGACUUUCAUGUAACUAUUAAAGGUGAAUAUGACAUGACAAACAUGUAACUACCAAGGGUGAAUACGACCUUCAUGUAACUACCAAGUGUGAAUAUGACAAACAUGUAACUAUCAAGGGUGAAUACGACCAACAUGUAGCUACCAAGGGUUAUUGGAAAAGCAUAAUUUAUUUCAAUGUAUGUGUGUAAUUUUUAUUUUUUGUGAUUUCAAUGUUUCAGAAGAUAAAAAAACACUUUUUUAAAUCAACGUUCAAAAGACUUAACUGUAACAAAGAUUAUAGAUCCAGCUGAUACACACUUGCUAUGAGAACAUGUUACCAUAUACAAUUUCCAUUGUCUUUGUGAAUCAAAGUCGGAUAAUUCAGUGCAAACUUUUUGACAAAUGGAUAAAGUCUGAAUCAAUACUUGGCACAUUUUCAUUUGUAGUACUCAAACAAUUCUCUGGUUCUUCAAUGAUUUGCUAAAUGUAUUUGAUGGAAUGGACAUAUUUGAAGCACCCUUAUAUGAGAGACGACAACUCAUAUAUACAGUAGUGUACAUAAGUGCCAUUGUGUUACUGCUGUAAACAAAUUGUCCAUUAUUAGUCAGCAACUGAGCAUGGUAUAGACUUUACGGAUCGUAUUGGAACAGUUCAAGAUCAUAAACUGACUGUACUGGAACGAUUUUAUCUACUUUGGAAAUUCUAAUGAAUCCCCAGGUUUAGGACUAGCGAACUUCAGGAUGAAGCUACAUGGAACAGUUGUCUUGCUGGGCAUAUUUUGCUGUGUUCAUUACGGAAUUGCUACUUCUGGUACAAUAGAAGAUAUGGAAAACCUUAUAGACAAAAUAUUCACAAACUACCGCAGAGAAAUACGGCCGGCACGUAACCUAAACGAAACCGUUCAGGUAAACAUUAGCUUUUUUCUCAUUUCCAUUGCAGACUUAGAUGAGGUUUCUGGAGCGAUAACCAUUAAUGGAGGAAUAAGCAUGCAUUGGCGAGACUUCCGGUUGUCAUGGAAACCUUCUGAUCAUGCCGGUAUCAGACAUUUAAUGCUGAACUCUUCAAUGAUUUGGAAACCCAAAAUAUUCAUACUAUCCUCCGCUUCAGACAUCGAAAGGUUCGAAUCUGAUGAAUUUGACGCAGAAAUUCGUAGAAAUGGCCUAGUGCUAAUGACGCCAGGGAAAAGAUUUGCCGCAAACUGUGAGAUUGAUAUGACAAAUUUUCCGACAGACAGACAGAAGUGUUCGAUGACUUUUAUUGCAUGGGGAUAUCCAAGCACUGAAAUAUAUCUCACUUCAAUGCUUUCACACUUCCUAAUGGAUUUCUUUAGUCCACAUGGUGAAUGGGACGUGGAAGAAACUUCGGCAGAGGCAUAUUCACAACCUGACGUAGGAAGUUCAAAACUUGUGUAUUACUUCAUUUUAAAGAGGAAAUCUCCUUAUUUUUUUUUAACAAUGAUCGUACCAGUGUAUAUCCUUUGUUUCCUCAACCCGUUCGUCUUUCUCUUGCCGGCCGCGUCGGGUGAGAGGAUUUCCUACACAAUCACAAUAUUCCUGUCGCUAGCAGUUUAUAUGACGCUCGUCGAUGACAACAUGCCGAAAGUUUCCGAGCCAAUGGCGGGUAUUUCCUACUUUCUCCUCAUAGCAAUGAUCUACAGCUGUGUGUUGAUAAUACUCACGAUAUUUACACUCCGUUGUGAGGCUCUGACAGAUGUAAGCAUAUUUCCAAAAUGUUUACGACGAAUUGUUUUUAAAAAGAACAGACAAAACAGUCGAAAGAUGAAUUACAGUACAAACAGUGACUCUGAUGUUGUGAAGUCGGAGUCCUAUGAUGUCAAUGUGGUCGGAAAUACAACAGAACACGGAAAGAAAGAAGAAAAUUUCCCAGAACCAGACAAAAGUGACAUCAUGAAAUGUAUUGAUAUUUCUCUGUUUGUCCUAUCAGAAGCCAUUGUGUUCGGUCUGAUCCUCGGUUUUGCUAUGGUUUAUUACAAAUAGGAGAAUAGCAAUGUAGAUGCUGUAGUGUCACAUGACAGUCAUGUGACAAUCUUAAGUAGAUGUCAUGUGAUGUGUUUACAAAUAAUUCAUCCAGAUUGAUCCAUUAUUUUUGAAAUUUAUACUGUGCUUAUACAAAUUUCUUAAUGAAAUCUAAAACAUAACACUUCAUAUUAACUGUUGACCCGCAGUCUCCAAUUACCUCAAAGCUAAUCUGAGCUACAUCUCGGAUCCCAUUGAUGCAGUCUAGAUCACAUGACUUGAUUGUUACACCAUUUUGAUCAACGUCACAGAAAUGCUUGGUACUACAAGUACACUACUGAUGGAUCACACGCAGUGAUGAUUCUGACUGAGUACAAUUGUGUUACUAUGAUGUCAUUUUGGUACUAUGCUGAUCUUCAUCACUGCGAAGCUUUGUAUUGAGUGCUAAAUAGGCUGCGAAUCAAUCACAGAAAUGAACUUGAUUUAAAAAUGCUAUUCUUUCAAAUGAACAUAGUAGAAACAAAGCACAUACUUAUCAAAGAAAGACACAGUUUAACCUUUGUAAAUGUAAAUACAUUUUUUUGUAUAACCAUUAAAUGCUUGUUAAAUUAUAUUCAUUGUCAAUAAAAAUGCAAUCUGAGUCAUAUAAAUAUUUAUGGCACCCUUAUUGUAUCUAUAUGUCAUUCAGAUUGCAUUUAUACUGACAAUGAAUACAGUCUGACAAGCAUUUAUUGUUAAGUGAAUACAUAGCUGCAUAUAGUAUACUAUCCACUUCUGUUUUUGAGAGUAAGUACAUCAUUGUAUAUGACUUAUAUAUAACCAUAACAAAUCUUUUCAACCUUGCUGGUUUUUUCAAUGGUUAAUUUUUGCAAUUUUAUCAAAAGCCAAUGUAAAAAAAAAGUAAUUUGUGGAAAUUAUGAAAUGGCCAUAAUCAUUCAUAUUAAUUUUAAUUUCAAGAUUUCAAGAUAGCAUGUGACUUGUCUUCGAUAUAUUGUUCAAUGAGGUAGUCACCAACUACUACAAAUCUCAAAAUGACCCUGGCUGUAACUUUAAUGUGUGGUCAAUACAGCUGACAAACAAACCUCUUAAAUAAAACUCCCAGAUUUG